CCUAGAAGAGCCCCACCCGAUAAGAGAAAAAAGAAUAUCAAUUUCUUUAGAUUAUUCGGUAGAAAGGAGGGGUUUUUGGUGGAGAGAGAGAGAGAAAGAGAGAGGAUUUUUUUGGGGUGUGUGAGAUAGAGAGAGGAGAAUCUGAUUGUUUGAUUUUGAGUGUUGGAGGAGAUGUACGUAGCUUCUAUGAGAAAGUCCUUCAAAGAUUCACUCAAAGUGCUCGAAGCUGAUAUCCAACAUGCUAACACUCUGGCGUCAGAUUUUCCAAGGGAUUAUGAUGGUGCCUGUCUUCAGAUGAGAAUGUCAUAUAGCCCAGCUGCCCACCUGUUUCUUUUUCUAGUUCAGUGGUCAGACUGUCACCUAGCAGGCGCGCUUGGACUGUUGAGAAUCCUAAUUUAUAAGGUUUAUGUAGAUGGCACGACCACCAUGUCUACUCAUGAAAGAAAAGCGAGUAUUAGGGAGUUCUAUGCGGUUAUUUAUCCCUCUUUAUUGCAGCUUCAAACUGGGGUCACUGAUACAGAGGAUAAGAAACAGAAGGCAGCAUGUAUGGAAAGGUUCCGAAGAAGAGACGAUGAAGAACAUAGGCAGCAGACAGAUGUUGACAUUGAAAGGGAACAGGAGUGUGGAAUAUGCAUGGAGAUGAAUACUAAGAUUGUACUGCCCAAUUGCAACCAUGCCAUGUGCUUGAAAUGUUACCGUGAUUGGCGGUCAAGGUCGCAGUCAUGCCCCUUCUGUCGAGAUAGUCUGAAGAGAGUGAAUUCUGGAGAUCUCUGGGUAUUUACUGAUAAUCGGGACAUAGUGGACAUGGCGACAGUGACGAGGGAGAACCUUAAAAGGCUUUUCAUGUACAUAGAUAAGUUGCCAGUGAUUGUUCCAGACUCCUUUUUUGACAAUUAUGAUUCUCACCUUAGAUAGGCGCAACAACAGUCUGAAUCUCCAUCUCCCAUGCUGUUUGGAUGAGUAGUAUUAAUCACAAAAGAACAUAAAAAGAAAAAAGGAAGUGCUUUGGCUUAGUUCUUUCAUCUCUUUUGUUUCCAUCACAUAAAAAGUCACUGAAAUUGAUUUGCUAAUUGCAAUUUCAGUGCCUUCUUCCCGCUUCUGGUUAGAAGAAUCCAACUUGAGUUAUUUCGUCAGUUGGUAGGUGGAGUUAAGGUCUACUAGAUCAGAGAUGGGGUUUAUAAAAUUGUAUCUACCACAUUUGUACAUUCUUGUAUAGCUUCAUAUUUACGUAUAAAAGCUUUGCAAUUUCCUCUC